CAAAAGAAGAUUCAACAUGGCGGCGCCCUUGUGUCACCCCAUGGAGUUUAGCAGUGCAGUAUGACAUCUAAAGUGAAUUGAUUUAACUCUACAGAAGCUACAGAAUGGGCAGGCUGGCCUGGAAAAUAUGGUGAUAUCUCUAUACCAAUCUAAGCGCUCGUUAGUGUCAUCUUCUAGCCAUGACUUUUGUAGCACCUCUCAGACUCGGUUGUAGACAAAUCUGUCUCUCUGAACUUUCUUUGCAUCACGUCAGGCAGCUGUCAAGUGGUGUUCGUAAUGGCUCGAAAGAUGGAAACGUUACACUUCCUGACCCAGAAAUUGAGGCUUCUGAUAAGGAGCAAAGACCCAGAAAAGACCCGGGGCAGGUGUCGGUCCUCCUCUUCCCCGGUCAGGGCAGUCAGUUCGUAGGUAUGGGACGCGGACUGUUAAAGUACGGAGCUGUCCAGGACAUGUUCUCAGUAGCUCGGAAGAUACUUGGCUAUGAUUUGCUGUCUCUGUGCCUUAACGGACCCAAGGAGGAUCUGAAGAAAACUGUUCACUGUCAGCCUGCGGUGUUUGUCACGUCGCUUGCCGCGGUUGAGAGACUAAAUCACGAAAACCCAGCUGCCAUAGAGAACUGCGCUGCUGCGGCGGGGUUUAGUGUCGGGGAAUUUGCUGCCUUGGUUUUCUCUGGUGCCAUGGACUUCGCUGAAGCCCUGUACGCUGUGAAGGUGAGAGCUGAGGCGAUGCAGGCGGCCUCUGAGCAGACGCCCAGCGGUAUGCUGUCGGUGUUCGGCAAACCUCAGGCCAGGUACAACCACGCCUGCCUGUUGGCCCGGGAACACUGCCAGUCCUUGGGCAUCCAGAAGCCCGUCUGCAUGGUGGCCAACUACCUCUUCCCUGACGGGAGGGUCAUUGCUGGACAUCAGGAGGCUCUGGACUUCCUGCAGAAGAACUCGCGGCAGCUGUACUUCGGGCGCACGCUGAAGCUUCCGGUGAGCGGGGCUUUCCACACGCCGCUGAUGGAGCCGGCCGUGGAGCCUCUGCGCGCGGUGCUGAAGAGCAUGGACGUGCGGCGGCCCGAGAUCGCCGUGCACUCCAACGUGGACGGCAAGCGCUACAUGAACGAGUCCCACAUUCGGCGGCUCCUCCUGAAGCAGCUGGUGUCCCCCGUGAAGUGGGAGCAGACGCUGCACGAGGUGUACGAGCGGGCAGAAGGGAAGGAGUUCCCACAGACCUUCGAGGUGGGCCCUGGCAGACAGCUGGGGGCCACACUGCAGAAGUGCAACAUGAAGGCCCACAGAAACUACACGCAUGUGGAUGUCACUCGGUCAGAGGAGGAGUGAGGGAGUGUGUGGACAAAGACUGAGGCUGAGAAAGUAUCUACCACAGAACAUGUUGACAUUCAUAUUGCAAAACACACACACACUCACGUGUGCGUGUUGAUAUUGUAAGAAAAAGGACGUUUCUUUUGUGGUUGAUGUGCUUGAGUCUGUAGACUAUGUUCUUUCUGAAGCAGGUCUUCUGGCUUUGUGUCCCCUCUUUCCACAUGAAAAACAAACAAAGUUCUGCUUUUCUGA